UUUUCAGUUUCCCUGAGCAUGCUCUAUUUCUUGGUCCAUCAAUUUUUUCCGGAUUUUGCCAUUAAAAAUCUCAUAUUUUUUAUAAUCUGGCCAGCACUAAUUCUGGGAACGAUUAGAGCUAAUUUAGUUCUUCUAAUUACUUUCGACAGAUGUUUGGCAGCAAAUUUCCCAAUUUUUCAUCAUAAUUAUCGCUCAAAAAUUCCUAUCAUUCUAAUUAUCUCAAUUUUUCUAAUUUACACAAUUUUCGAACAUUUCGUUCUAUUUGGAUUUUGUGAUUUCACUUUGAAUGUUCCAAUUAAUUGUGAUACUUUAAUUUGUUCAGUUAACUUGUGUUAUUAUAAUUAUUGGCUGCUCUAUGAGCAAUUAGUUUAUGUUUUAAUUGGAUUUUUCACAAUUUCUUUGGUUUUCGAAAAAUUCAAUAUUUUGAAAAUUCGAAAACGGUUUUUUCUUUUUCAGGCAACCAGAAUCGCUCUUCUGGAUUCAAUUAUAAUAUGCUUUUUCGAUAUCAUUCCAACGAUUUUAUUGGCUCAUUUCCCAGCUCUCAGCUUCCCAAAUGUUGGUCCAUUAAGUGCAGUUUCAAAAAAUUCGGGAUUUUUAAUCGAAGGAAUUAUUAUUUGCUUUUUCUUAUUUCGAAAACCAAAAACUACAAGUGUACAAGCCUGGUCGUCCUCU